AUGUCAACAACUAAAGAACUUUCAGGUAAAUUAGAAGAUUUUGUAUGGGGUAGAGUUGAUGAAAAUAAAUACUUGCAAAAUGUUGGUGCAUGUACAGAGUUGACAGAUGAGAAAUUAUUACAAAAAGUAGAUUUAAUGCAAGGAAAUUUAAAUAAACAAUUAAGAAAAAGGGUUGAUGAAAAUUAUCCAAUGUUAUUGGAACAGGCUAGUGCUAUUGAAGUGUUAGAUGAAGUUCAGGAAGAAUAUCAUCAAUCAAUGUCAAGAAUUUAUAAUGAAACAUUAAAUUUAUAUAGUAAAAUUGAAAAUCGUAGAAAAAAAAUUCAAGAAGAUGUUAUUAUUUAUGAGAAUGCUAUGAAAUUAAGAAGAAUUUUAAAUAAUGGUUUAUUGUGUAAAAAACUUAUUGAUGAUGUCAUUAAGGAAAAUGAUAUUUUAAUAAAAGCUGAAAUUGUAUGUAAAUUAAAUGCUAUUAGUUCAGAAAAUCCAGAAAUGUCUAAAGUUAAAUGGAUGAAUGAGGGAUUUCUUUAUAAAAUGCCUGAAAUAACAAGAAAUGUUAGAAGUAAAGUUGUUAAUGAGUUAAUGGAAGGUCUUGAUACUAUUAAUGCAUCAAAAGUUACAUCAUGUUUAAAAGCUCUAGACUAUCUUCAUUGUAGUAAAGAAGAAUUGGCAAAAAUUUAUGAUGAAACAUCAAAACAAUUAGAUUCUUUAUUUUUAAAUGUUUCAAUAAAUUCAGGAAAUAAUGAAAAAUUAAGUAAAUUAUUACCAACACUUAGUACAAAAUUAAAUACAGUACUAGAACAAUUUGAUUUACUUGGAAGUGAAUAUAUAAUAAUAAUGUCAAAAAAAAUAGCUACGAUUAUUAAAAAUCGUAUUACGAUUAAUACUAAAAAUUCAAUGAGAGUUGUUCAAACAUUAUCAAAAACUAUUUCAACACAUAAUGAAAAUCAUGUUAAAGCUAUUAAAGAUGCAUUAAUUCCAAUUAAAGCUUCUAUAUUAAGUCAAUCAUUAGCAAUAUUAUAUGAAAAAAUCGAUGAAAUAUUUAAUGAAGAAGAUUUACAAUACGAAUCAAUUGCUGAAAAAUUAACAUUUGAAAUUAAAUUAGAAUUUUCUUCAGUUGAUUGGGAUCAUACAUUACAAAAAGAUGUUGAAUCUAAUAUAUCAAAAGCUGUUAAAUAUAUUGCUAUUAAAAUUGAAAAUAAUCUUAAUAUGGAAUCUGAUUAUUUACAUUUAACAGGAAGAGUAAACAAAAUUCAACAAAAAAAUUAUGAGAUGAUUCAUGUAGCACAUUUGAUAGCAGAAGAAUGGAGAUCAAUUGCACAACCAUUAACACAAUUAGUUGAUCAAUCACUUGCAUCAAUUUCAUUAAAUAUAAAAGAAUUAUUGUCUUUAGUCAUUGCUUCAAUGCAUGAGGAAGACAUGAAUAAAUUAUUAAAAAAUUCAUCAUGUAGUGGAUAUAUAAGAGAAAUGAGAGAUCAUCUAAAAGUUUUUAAAACACAUGUUUCUGAAUUAAAAGAAUUAGUAGAAAAUAAUACAAUUCUUUCAAAAUUUAUAGAUUAUGUUAUUGAAAAUAUGCUUUUAAAUUUUACUCUUAUUAAACCGAUUAAAAAUUCAACCUAUCAAAGAUUUGCUGCUGAUUUAGUAUCACUUUGUGAUAAAGGAUUAAAUCCAUUAAAUUGUAAAGCUUCUGUAUUAUUAAGUGAUUACCAACAAAUUACUGAAUAUCUUAAAAGUUUUGCAAAUGAAAAAGAAAAUUCAACUGUUAAUAUACCAUUAUCUUUACCAUUAUGGAUUCACAUACAUUUUUUGAUUAACAAAGCUGAAAAUAUUAAAUUACCACAUUUAAUAAAAAAAAUGGGGUACAAAGAUUAUGUAGAAUGGUUUUUACAUCUUACAGAUAGAGAAAAGUAUGAUUUCUUAUUUUCAAUAGUACCUGAUGAUGCUGAAAAUUGUAAGCAUAUUAUUAAAUUAUUAAAACAAAUAACAGCAAGAAAAUAA